CAGAGAGAGGGAAUUUUGUGUUGCGUGAUCACGCACGAUGUGCAAGAUCCUCUGAUAUUUCCCCCUAAAAUGGAUACAAGUCGACGUGAAACGAUACCAAAAUGAAGUGUAAUAUCAUAAAAGUGUGUGUGUGUUACUUUGCCUAUGGAUUACUUUUAGUAGUGGCUAAAGAAGAUGCGGUCGUGUCGGCGAAGGAGCUGAUCAGCAGCGUGAAGGAGAACCAGGAGCUGCUGCAGAGCAUCCCCGCUGAGUACGAGAUCGUCUACCCGGUGCAGGUGCACCACGACCACGGCCGCCGCAACAACGUGUCAACCAUCGACGAGGUGCUCAGUAACACGACACGGCAUUUUGAACACACGACGUUUAGAUUCAAGGCGUUUGGGGAGAAGUUCCACCUGAAACUGGAUCUAAAUAUUUUUCUGCUAUCGGGAGGUGUCAUCCAGAAGUACUUCACACCGAAUGAUACAUCUACAACCAUAGCGCCUGUGGAGCACUGCUACUACCAGGGCACCGUGAGAGGUCAUCCAGGGUCAGUGGUAGCUGUGCGGACAUGCAGCGGGGUCAGUGGGGUCAUCCACAUUGCCAACAAGACCUACGUUAUCCAGCCAGUGCUUGGUGGUGAUCUAGGGAAACGAUAUCCACACAUCUUUUAUGAGUCAUCAAAGCAAGACCAUCGGCUUUGUGGUAACACGGGCAGGCAUGAGUGGGGGUUCUCUGCUGGACAGAGGAGUGAUCUUCAUCCAGAGAGCAGUACCGAUGCAAUGCGAAAUGAGAAGUUCUUGGAGUUAGCCAUGGUUGUUGACAGCGCCAUCUAUGAACAGCACAACGCGAGUGUGUCGGACACAGUCGGCUAUGCUCUGCAGGUUGCCAACAUUGCAGACAUGUACUUUCGCCUGCUCAGCACCAAGCUGGUGGUCGUCUACGUCGAGGUGUGGGGCAUCGAGGAGCGCAUGGACGCGAGCACCGACGUGCGACAGACCCUGCUCAACUUCAUGGACUACAGCCAGUCGGCGCUGUUCCGCGUCGCCUAUGACUCCGCCCAGCUGCUGACUGGCACCAAGUUCAAGAACAGGGAGGUGGGGCUGGCUCUGCCGGACAGCAUGUGCACUCGUAGAGCGGUGGGAGUCAACCAGGAGACAAACCCUGUCGAGCCUCAGCAGCUGGCCAGCACUCUCGCUCACAUCAUCGGCCACAACCUCGGCAUGACGCACGACGACGACGGCAGGAGUUGUCGAUGCAAGGACGUGUUCGGUUGCAUGAUGACGCAGAAUAUAGUCGGCAAGGAGGGCUUCCACCCGCUGCACUUUUCGUCGUGCAGCCGCAGCGACUACCAGCGCUUCCUGCAGACGGGUGCGGGAAGCUGCCUGCUCAACCGACCGCGUACGAUCGUCGAGGCCGGCCGCGAUCACGGCACGUGCGGCAACGGCAUCCUCGAGCCGGGAGAGCAGUGCGACUGCGGCGCGAACCAGCUGGAAUGUGAGAAGAAGGAUCCAUGUUGUGAUGUGUAUACGUGCAAGUUACUACCUGAGGCACAGUGCUCUACUGGGCCCUGUUGCCACCAGUGCAAGCUGAAGCCUCGUGGGAGCGCGUGCAGAGAGGCGAGGAGUGAGUGCGACAUAGAGGAGCAGUGUGACGGCGCGGCGGGCCGAUGUCCCAUGGACUUGUACGUGCAGGACGGCCAGCCGUGCAACCUCGGACGCAACUACUGCCACCGCGGGCUGUGUCCAUCCCUGACCGCGCAGUGUCGGUCAGUCUGGGGCAAACAGUCGAUGGUGGGAGACCAGCAGUGCUACAAUAGAUUCAACCUGCAGGGCAGUGAGAUUGGUAACUGUGGCACCAACAAGCAGCAGCCUGUCAGUUGUGAUAAACAGCACGUGUUCUGUGGAUUGCUACAGUGUCAGCAUGGAUCAAGCACGCCUCUUAUCCCGGGCCUGAAACACACCUUCUCGAAAACGACCAUGUCUGUCGGUGGCCGUGAGUUUGAGUGCAAAACUGCCAGUGGCAAAGACCCUUCAGGAACCAGACACACCGGAUUGGUAAUGGAUGGAACCAAGUGUGCACCUGGAAUGAUGUGCAGCGAGCAGCAUUGCGUGAGCGUGAGCUCGGUUGUGACGGAAGACUGUCCAAAGAACAACCAUGGCCAGACUUGCUCAGACCAUGGGCUCUGCACCAACAGGGGACAGUGUCACUGCGCUGACAUGUGGAUGGGCUUCGACUGCAGCAUCAAGAUCAACGUAACCACGACGACAAGCACAACAGCGCGUCCAUUCCUCUUUGGCAUCGACGACUUUGCAUCGUACGGGGAGGAUGGCGGAAGAAGGCUUAUCCGGAAAGGGUGGGACAGUGACAAGGAAACCGUGGCGACUCAAGAUUUAUCGAACUCAGCGGUGACACGCGAACUGAUGUUUAUUAUUCUUGGAGCCGUGGUUGGAGCCGUGCUCGUGGCAUUCGCCAUCUUUGCUCUGUGCUACAGGAGCAGAAGCAGCAUAACAUCAGGAUACAGCUACAUAACUGACCAUGAUGUAGAACAAACAAUAGUAAAUCUGGAAUCGGUAUCUUCUGUUUUUCAGCUGGAAUGUGAGAAGAAGGAUCCAUGUUGUGAUGUGUAUACGUGCAAGUUACUACCUGAGGCACAGUGCUCUACUGGGCCCUGUUGCCACCAGUGCAAGCUGAAGCCUCGUGGGAGCGCGUGCAGAGAGGCGAGGAGUGAGUGCGACAUAGAGGAGCAGUGUGACGGCGCGGCGGGCCGAUGUCCCAUGGACUUGUACGUGCAGGACGGCCAGCCGUGCAACCUCGGACGCAACUACUGCCACCGCGGGCUGUGUCCAUCCCUGACCGCGCAGUGUCGGUCAGUCUGGGGCAAACAGUCGAUGGUGGGAGACCAGCAGUGCUACAAUAGAUUCAACCUGCAGGGCAGUGAGAUUGGUAACUGUGGCACCAACAAGCAGCAGCCUGUCAGUUGUGAUAAACAGCACGUGUUCUGUGGAUUGCUGCAGUGUCAGCAUGGAUCAAGCACGCCACUUAUCCCGGGCCUGAAACACACCUUCUCGAAAACGACCAUGUCUGUCGGUGGCCGUGAGUUUGAGUGCAAAACUGCCAGUGGCAAAGACCCUUCAGGAACCAGACACACCGGAUUGGUAAUGGAUGGAACCAAGUGUGCACCUGGAAUGAUGUGCAGCGAGCAGCAUUGCGUGAGCGUGAGCUCGGUUGUGACGGAAGACUGUCCAAAGAACAACCAUGGCCAGACUUGCUCAGACCAUGGGCUCUGCACCAACAGGGGACAGUGUCACUGCGCUGACAUGUGGAUGGGCUUCGACUGCAGCAUCAAGAUCAACGUAACCACGACGACAAGCACAACAGCGCGUCCAUUCCUCUUUGGCAUCGACGACUUUGCAUCGUACGGGGAGGAUGGCGGAAGAAGGCUCAUCCGGAAAGGGUGGGACAGUGACAAGGAAACCGUGGCGACUCAAGAUUUGUCGAACUCAGCGGUGACACGCGAACUGAUGUUUAUUAUUCUUGGAGCCGUGGUUGGAGCCGUGCUCGUGGCAUUCGCCAUCUUUGCUCUGUGCUACAGGAGAAGAAGCAACAUAACGCCGUGGAACAAGAAGAAGCUGCCGAUGAAGACGAAGCCAUUGAGUGACUGCGACUCAGAGUCGCUCGCUAACAGAAUCAUCACGUUCGGCAGCAUGCCGUCCUACAGAGAGAGCAAGAUCCUCGAAAACCGCAAGAAGAAGGGCAAGGGGAAGGGCAAGACGUCGGCGGGGGAGGGCGGCGGCGGCGGCGAAGAGGACGCGUCCGUGAUGAGGCUGCGGGAGAACAUCGUCAGCGACCUGUGCCGCAUCCCGGAGAAGGGCAUCCUCAAGAAGGCGACGCUCGAGCGGCAGCAGCAGCAGCAGCAGCAGGAGGACGGCUCCCUGCGCUCGCUCGCCUCACAGCGGUCUCAGGCGUCUCAGGCCGGCUCGCUCGCGUCUCAGCAGUCUCAGUCGCAGCACGGGUCGCUCGGCUCGCAGCGCUCCCAGCGUUCCAACGCCUCGCACCGCUCGCAGGGGUCCGCCGCGUCGCAGGGGUCGCCCUGCAGGUUGCAGGGAUCACAGGGGUCACCGUACAGGUCACAGGGGUCGCAGGGGUCGCCGUAUCGCACGCCGGGGACUGCCGCCAGCACGAGGGGCACGAUGGAGAGGCAUCCGGACGAGUAUCUCGAUCGAGAGAGUCAGAGCUCCAGCGACAUAGGUGAUGACGAGUCCCCGACGCACGAGCAGGAGCACUACCAGGAGUCGGCCGACGCCGAGAACACGGGCGACGACUCCGUGGCUGAGUGCCGGUCGCCCGAGCGGCGCCCCCUGGUGGCCGGCUUCGAGGACGACGUCAAGAAGAUGUUCCUCAACGACGACUACUACAGCGACUGCACGGAGGAUUUCGGAUCGCCCGACGCGCUGCCGCCGCCGCCGUUCGAUGCGAACCGAAACGGCAGCCCGCCGCCUUCCUUCUCCUCUGUGCAGCGGAAGGAGGACGCUGUCGUGGAGGAGGGUGGCGGGAGUCCCGCGCGCUCGCCGCGACACAAGGAGAACAAUCUGUGCAGCGGUGGUGGCUACGGCGGUGGAGUCUACGGCGGCGGCGGCGGCGGCGGCGGCGGGGACAUGGAGAGCUCGUGUCUCAUGCCGGAGCCGAUGAAGCUGCAGAACAUCGACGACAUCCUCCAGCAGAUCCAGCGGCACUCGUCGACGCUGUCGCCGCUCAGCUCACGCUCCGAGGACGGCGGCGGCGGCGGCGGCAAUGCGCCGAGCGAGGCCGACACGGAGCGCACGCUCUACCGCUCGCGCCCGCCCAACGCGCAGCUCGACCUCAAGAAGUUCGCCACGCUCGUGACGAACGACGACGAGGACGACGACUCGGCCGUCGCCAUGAGCCACGACGACAUGGACGACGGCGCUGCUGCUGCCGUCGCCGUGGCGACCGACAGCGGCGCCGCGGCGCGGGGCGAGAAGCGGUACCCGCGGUUCGGACGCUACGGCGAGCCGCCGACGCCGCCGCGGCGGAGGUCGUCGCCGACGGCAACCGGGGAUGCAGACGCGGUGGCCGGCGGUCACUUCAUCUAUGAUCCGGCGACGGGGAACUAUUUCAUGUGGCAGGACGACGUCCCGGAGAAGGUUCGCAACUCGACGGCCGGCGGCGGGGACUUCGUGUGGAACCUCAACUACCCGCAGAAUCAGAAGCCGUCGAGUCAGAAGGACAAGGAGAGCGUGAACACUCCAUCGCCCAGCGACAACGAGCACGUGACGCACAUGGGCUAG